AUGAAGCAAACCGGCUCUAUCCUCGCCCUCGCUGGACUUGUGUCCAUGGCCAACGCCCACGGUUUCGUGACCAGCCCCCAGCCCCGUAUGCCCGGAUCUGCCAUGGAGAAGGCUUGCGGUCAGCAGGUGUACAACAACCAGGAGGCCGACAACUACGGCAACAUCCAGGGUGAAUUGCAGAUCACCAACGGCCAGAGCGACUACGACGCCGAGGCUUGCGAUAUCUGGCUCUGCAAGGGUUACAAGUACGCCGACAACACGGCCAACGUCCAGUCCUACAAGCCCGGUGAGGUCAUCGACUUCAAGGUCGACAUCCGCGCUCCUCACACUGGUACUGCCAACGUCUCCGUUGUCGACACUGCCACCAACACCAUGCUCAGCCAGCCCCUGAUCUACUGGAGCGUGUACGCCUCCACCGCUACCGGUGUGACCGCCAACGAGACCAGCUUCAGCGUCACUAUGCCCACUGACCUCGGUGACAAGUGUAACGAGGCCGGUGCUUGUGUUCUUCAGUGGUGGUGGGAUGCCCGCUCCAUUGACCAGACCUACGAGUCCUGCGUUGAUUUCACCCUGAGCGGUUCUUCUUCCUCUUCUUCUUCUUCUUCUUCCUCUUCCUCCGCUGCUGCGGCUGUCGCCACCAGCGCUGCUUCCAGCUCUACUUCCAGCGCUGCUGAGACCACCACUGCUGCCAGCGCCGCCGUCACCUCCCCCGCGGCUGCCAACAACAUUGCUCCCGUUUCCUCCUCCGGCCCCACCACCCUGGCCACCAGCGUGAAGCAGACUGCUACUGCCGCUGCUGUCUCCAGCUCCACCGCCACCAGCGUCUCCCUGCCCACCGACGGUACCGCCGAGGAGCAGCUCACCUGGGUUGCCAGCGUCUUCAAGGCCCUUCUCAACUACGCCAACUAA